CCCUUUUUUACUUUUUUUAGUCGUGGAUUCAUUCCCCUUCCCCUGGCAUCACCUCCCACACCCCCUCCCAGCCUUGCCGCAUUCCCCCGUCUGUAUUUGCCCGCCGUCCAGCCGCAAGAGACUGUUCACGUCAUCUAUUGACGGCCCAUUGGUUCUUUUCCCUCCCCGUCUCGUCCCUCUAUUAGUCGCAUACCGCGCGAUGAGCCACGUUUGACUCCAUCCCCAAUAAUCAUUCUGUGGAACAUUCCUGGAGUACCUUCGAAUUCAAGAUGAGCUUAAUAUUCAGGAGGAUCCAAGCGAUCCAGGACUCGCUUUCCGACGACAUCCUGUUGCCCCUCAAGAGCUACAAAUACUCGAGUGUCGACAAGUCCUAUAUCUCGAACUAUAUUCUAAGGCACUACUGGAAUGCCUUCGUCGAGAUAUUGCCGCUUUGGCUGGCCCCCAACAUGGUCACUCUCCUGGGGUUUUUGUUCAUUGUCGGCAACGUGAUGCUCAUCGAAGUAUACAUGCCCGAUCUGGUGGGACCGGGCCCCUCCUGGCUAUACUAUAGUUUUGCCCUUGGCAUGUGGAUGUAUUCCACGCUAGACAACGUCGAUGGAAAGCAGGCGCGCAGAACAGGCACCUCCAGCGGGUUGGGGGAGCUUUUCGACCAUGGAAUCGAUUCUUUGAACUGCACCCUCGCUAGUCUUCUCGAGACCGCCGCCAUGGGCUUUGGUUCUUCUCAGCUGGGAGCCUACACUGCCCUUGUCCCAUGCCUCGCAAUGUACUUUUCGACCUGGGAAACCUACCAUACACACACGCUCUACCUGGGCUACUUCAACGGCCCUACGGAAGGCCUUCUGAUCGCGAUCGCAAUCAUGAUUGCUUCUGGCAUCUAUGGCCCUCAGAUCUGGACCCGACCGAUCGUCGAGUUCCUGAACUACCCGCAGAUCUUCGGGAACAACUCUGUCAAGGACCUCUGGGUUCCGAUUCUCCUCUUGUCUUUCUUCCUUGGACACCUGCCGGGUUGUGUCUUGAACGUCGUUGCUGCUCGCAAAAAGCAGAAUCUCCCGAUCACCCCCAUCUUCAAGGAAUGGGUCCCAAUGAUUGUCUUCACUGGCUGCAAUAUUGCUUGGCUGUUUUCUCCAUACUCGACCCUCCUGUCUCAGAACCGACUGGUUCUGUACUGCUGGACUAUGUCGUUUGUCUUUGGGCGCAUGACUACCAAGAUCAUUCUCGCUCAUUUGCUGAAGCAGCCCUUCCCAUACUGGACCGUGUUGCAGUUCCCGCUCAUUGGCGGCGCCAUCCUAGCCAACCUUCCCCGCCUGGGAUUCCCCAUGGUAAGCUCAUGGGUGGAGCUCCUCUAUCUGCGUGUCUACCUUUUCCUUGCCUUUGUUGCAUACAUGCACUGGGCAUUCCUAGUGAUCAACAGAAUCACCACUUUCUUGGGGAUCAACUGCUUGACGAUCCGUCGUGAUAAGUCGAUCGCAAGAGAUCGUGCCUUUCGUGAGUUUGGCGAGACCCAGCCUAAUGUUCUCAGCCCUCUCGCGGACCCCAGCAAAGGGGGCAUCAAGAGUCAUUAAUCUCGAUUCCCACGUGAUUUCAGGUGUUCAUGGCAGCUGAACAGAGCCACCUUGCAUAAUGCUUGUGAUUUAAUAAGUAUGUUGUCCUAUCAACCCCUCCCAGCAUCUGCUGCGGAGCCCAGUCCGCGCAACUGGACUUGAGGACUUUUCGAUGAUGCCAAGACCCGGGCUGUGACAUUGUUUUUCUCCCUUGCCGGUUUUCUUGGCGACGUAUAUGUCUUCCUAUAUCUACGAUUUUAAUGUCCCCUUGGAUUACGCCACCCGCACACAGGCUGAUGAACUUACGACUCGAGUGGAUGGAUGACGCUGACGCUGACGAUUCGUCCAUGGUCAAGCUUUUCCGGUAUAUAUAGUUCAACGAUAGACAGUGUACUAGUACUUAAUGAAUGAUAGAGUUCCUG